AUGGAUCGUCCUGCAAAACGACAACGCAGGUCCAAUGAUAAAUCUACAAAACGCAAACCGAACGCUCUCCCAGACAGCUCUUCCUCUCCAAUAGAAGCGACAUCCCCCUUCGCGCUCUCCACACGGCCCAAACGACCAGUAGCCUCUCCCUCUCCCAAGAAGUCCACAUCUCCAGAGAAGGCCAAGUCCCUACAUAGCUUCUUCCAACCUGCAACAGAAGCUCAGCGAUGGACCGCGAUAGAAAAGCAGUCCCCGAUCACAGAGGAAGUCGAUCUCAUAGAAGACGACUACGAUUCCUACGAUGAGAUCUUUACACAACACCUAGCGAAUGAGCGCGCCGUGACCUCGAGCGCGACCCAAGCACGCGAAAUAUCAAAGCCAAAACCGACAAAGCCAAAACCCAAGGCACCGCCCAAGAAACCGACGAAGCGAUUCCUCCUGCCCACCACCGGGAGUGCUGUGGAAGACCCAAUACAACUGGAAGAUGGGAGACCGUGGGCCCAGCGAUAUGCACCGGACUCACUGGCAUCAUUGGCCGUGCACAAAAAGAAGGUCUCCGACGUACAAUCCUGGCUGGAAGGUGCAUUUACGGGAAGAUGUUCGGGGAGAUUGCUUGUCCUCCGAGGCCCAGCAGGAAGUGGCAAAACAACGACAAUAAGCCUACUAUCGAAAUCGCUUGGCUACGAUAUUAUCGAAUGGAAGAACCCCCCAAUCUCGGAAUUCGGGUCGAGCACCUAUCAAUCGGCGAGCGCUCAUUUUGAAGAAUUCCUGGCCCGCGGCGAUAAAUUUGGAGGACUGGACCUGGACUCUGAUGCAAAAACCGAUAAGCGAAUCCUCCUCAUCGAGGAGUUUCCAACGAUGUUUGGACGUGCGGCUACACAUACGGCUUUCCGGGUGUCUCUUCAACGGUACCUAGCAGCGAGUGGGCGUGACCACCCACCCGUUGUGAUUAUUGUGUCGGAGACCCUGCUGGGAUCUGCGUCGUCAACUUCUGAUAAUUUGACUGUUCACCGGCUACUGGGGCCAGUUGUGUAUAACCACCCCGGGACGACGAUACUGGAUUUCAAUGCAAUUGCUCCUACUUUCAUGCAGAAGGCUCUACGAUCAAUAUUAGAGAGAGAGGCGCGCGAUUCAAAUCGGGUACAAAUUCCUGGUCCGGCAGUUCUCAAUCAGAUUUCAGAGAUUGGAGACAUCCGCAGUGCCAUCUCAUCGCUGGAGUUUCUCUGUUUAAAAGGAGGAGGUGCUGGGAUGUGGGGAGGCAGCCUUGCGAAGAAGAAGAGUCGCGCAGAGGUUGCGCUAACCGCCAUGGAGAAAGAAUCCCUCAAGUUAGUCACGCAGCGAGAAGCUAGCCUGGGGAUGUUUCAUGCCGUUGGAAAAAUUGUUUACAACAAACGCCUGGAUCCAAGCUUAGUAGAUAGUGAGGACAUCGAGGUCCUCCCUGCUCCACCGGAUUACUUGCGUCACUUCCACCGACACAAAGCUUCGCAGGUUUUGGUCAAUGAUCUCGUUGAUGAGACAGGCACUGAUAUCUCGACAUUUAUCAGUGCUCUCCACGAAAAUUAUAUCCCGUCCUGCCAUGGAGACAACUUUACGGAUACUUUUGGGGAUUGUAUCGAGGCUCUCUCUGACAGCGAAAUUCUCAGCGCUGACCGCCGGUAUGGGGGUGGACGCGCAGGCGUGGGCACCGGCAUCAACACUUUCAGCGGCGGUGUUGAUGCCUUGCGACAGGACGAAAUGAGCUUCCAAGUCGCCGCGCGGGGACUGCUGUUUGCGCUGCCAUGCCCUGUCCAAAGGAAGGUUGGAUCCGGAGGACAACGAGCGGGCGAUGCACACAAAAUGUUCUAUCCAGCUUCGCUGCGGUUGUGGAGAGAUUCCGAGGAGAUCGAAGGACUGCUGGAUUCAUGGUCCAAUCGACUCCUCGAUCCGUCUCGUGGGUCUCAAACCUCUGACAUGACAGGUGUCAGUUCGUGGAAGAGUGUGCAAGUCGGCAGGUCAGAUGAGAACCACGGAGUGGUGACUAUGAUGCCGAGACACGAUCUGCUGCUCCAUCAACUGCCCUACAUGGCAAUCAUCCGACGUCAGGAUCCGGACUGGUGGCAAUUGAAUAAGAUUGUUGGGUAUGGCAGUCAUGAUGCCGAGCCCACACCAACCAGGAUCGAAGCUCAGGAAGAGGAGAAACUGUUUCUCAGCGACGACGACAUUGUGGAUUAG